GGAAGAGAUCACGUUCACAGGUAGCUCCGGUUGAUGGAGCUCUCGUGUUGAUUGAAUUUUUGAUGAAGUCUGAAAUCUGUGUUAUUGUAUUUUAAUUUGUGGCGUACCGGAAAGUGUCAAGGUUUGUUUAGGUGUUGUGUGGUGCCAAAAAGUUAGAAUUGUUGAAGAAAUUUUAUUGUGUCAUUUUCGACAAACCUACUAACAAAAGAUACAAACAAUGGAAGGUUUAACCAAGGACACCAAGGAAAUCAUACUGAUUACAGGAGGCGCCGGAUUUCUCGGACAGCACCUGAUCAAAACUCUGCAGGAACGUGAUUCCAAAGUGAGCGAAAUUCGCGUCGUCGAUCUGAAACUAUACGAAAAUUUCUUAGGCCAUACUGACAGCCACAAAGUCGUAUCAUACGUGGGAGAUAUCUGCCAACCGAGCCAGAUUGAGGCCGCCUUCGAGGGCGUCGAUUGUGUGUUCCACAUGGCAGCCUACAUCAACUUUGACUUCCCGCCCAACUACAAGGAACUGCAGCGGGUCAACGUCGACGGAACGCAGGUAGUGAUCGAUUUGUGCCGAAAGUACAACGUCCCACGGCUUGUCUUCACCAGUGAUUGUCUGAUUCAUAUGACGCCGUACCUGGGCAGAGCCAAUUUCACCAUCGUAUGCAAUCAGACCGAACCAAAAACAAAAAUUCCCAGCAAAGACAGUGAGUUCCAAAUUCCCGGCUACGCACCGUCCAAACUGAAGGCAGAGACGCUAGUAUUGGAAGCUAAUGACACACCGCUGGCGAAUGGAGCAAAGCUGAAAACGAUUGCGAUUCGACCACCGGUGAUAUUCGGCGAGGGUGACCAGCGAUUCGUGCCGACACUGAUCCGGGUAGCGAUGCGAUUUGGAGGUGAAAUUCCAAAAAUUGCCGGCCCUGGCGGAAAACAGCAGCUGCUGUAUGCGGGCAAUGCGGCCUGGGCUCACUACCGUGCCAAAGAAGCACUGGCCAGCCAGCCGAAGGACAUCGCCGGUUACCCGGUGUUCGUGACGGACGAAUCCGGUAUCGAGGACACCACCCGCUUCUGUCAACGCUUAUCCCGGGCUAAUGAAACACUCAAACUCCGACCGUCCUGGUAUCAAAUUCCACUGUUUCUGUCCUUCUUCCUGGCCUUCCUGCUGGAGCUGCUGAUUAAAGCGUUUAAUCCGAUUGUGAAAAUUAAACUGAGCUUUCCUCCGUGCGGGCUGCUCUCGUACUUGUCAUCGAUUCUGCUGUACAAUCGGAUCCGAGCGUCUAUCUAUCUGGAUUAUGAACCUAUCUACAGCGAGGAGAAGGCAGUGUCCAACUCUGCCCUUUGGUACGAGAAAUGGUAUCAGGACUACUGUCAGCAGCAUAAUCUAAAGAAGUUGAAAGUCAAAUAAACAGACUUACCAGAUCUCGCGCCGGCUACUAAUAGAGGGCCAAAUCCAUAGUAAAAUAUCUUUUCGCAUAUUUUCUAGCCAACCGGCUAGACGGGCUUACGCUUUCCCUCCUAAUACACCUAUAAAUAUACAUAUAGUCGCAUUUUAGUGCAUCAGUAUUGGCGAAAGGUGAAAAUAAAUACUCCAACUUUUUGGGGAAGAAUA